CCAGAGCAAAAGCCUCAAUCUUGCAAUCCCUUUUUCUCAAUUGAGAACAUGGCGCCUGUGUUUAGCAGAAGCCUGGCAUCUGCUUCAGUUUCCCCAAUCCCAUUCACGCCAGCAUCUUUUUCUUCGAAGAAUUACAGUAAAAGCAACCAGUGCUUCUUGAGAAGCGCUUUUUUUCCGAGAAAUGGGUUGAGAAGCAGGUUUUCGAGAAGUGGGCUGGACUGUAAAGUGGCGAGGAAGGAUUACAGGUUGGCGGCGCUGAGGUGUGAGGCCACAGCCGCCGUGGCCGAGAACAAGACCGCCGAUAGCCCUGGAGAGACACAUGAAUAUCAAGCUGAGGUGAGCAGAUUGUUGGACUUGAUAGUUCAUAGCUUGUACAGCCACAAGGAGGUGUUCCUUAGAGAGUUUGUUAGUAAUGCAAGUGAUGCUCUUGAUAAAUUGAGGUUCUUGAGUGGACACCGGUAUUGGCAUGACCAAGGAGGAGCUUUUAUAGAGUGUCUUGGAACCAUUGCACAAAGUGGCACUUCCAGAUUCUUGAAGGCUCUGAAGGUGGAAGAAGAGGAGGAACCAAAAGAGGGAGAAGAAAAACCUGAGGAAGAAAAGAAGAAGACUAAAAAGAUCAAAACCGAAAAAUACUUGGACUGGAAAUUGGCAAAUGAGACGAAACCCAUAUGGAUGCGUAAUCCCAAGGAAGUUGAAAAUGAGCAAUACAAGAAUUUUACAGGAAGACAUUUAAUGAAUUUCUGGAGCCACUUGCCUACACCCAUUUUUGAUUUCACUACAGAGGUUGAGUUCCGAAGUGUACUCUAUAUUCCUGGAAUAGCACCUCUUAACAAUGAAGAGGUUAUGAAUUCCAAGACUAAAAAUAUCCGUUUGUAUGUGAAGCGUGUCUUCAUUUCAGAUGAUUUUGAUGGUGAACUUUUCCCAAGGUACCUGAGCUUUGUGAAGGGUGUGGUGGACUCGGAUGAUCUUCCCCUUAAUUUUUCAAGAGAGAUCCUUCGAGAGAGCCGAAUUAGACUUGUUAAGAAGACAUUUGAUGUGAUACAGGAUAUUUUGGAAAAUGAGAAUAAAGAGGAUUACAAAAAAUUCUGGGAGAAUUUCGGUAAGGUUUUGAAGUUGGGUUGCAUUGAAGACACUGGAAACCACAAGAAGAUAACACCAUUGUUGAGGUUUUUCUCUUCCAAGAGUGAGGUAGCGCCCAUAAGCUUAGAUAACUAUUUCGAGAAUAUGGGUGAAAACCAAAAAGCUAUCUAUUACAGCUAA